AUGUUCAAGCGAGAGAAGUCGCAGAAGGACGAGGCACUGGCACCAAUAAGGGAGAAGAUCAAGCGUGCCAAGUCAGAGGCAAAGGUAGCCAAGGACAUUGCCAUAUCGACUGUCAAGUUGGGGAUCGAUCUCCAAGAGGCCGAAGCCCAACGUGAAGUUCAGAGGCGCAUUCUCCAACAGGCACAGUCCCUCCAGUUGGCGCCCCUACUGUCACCAUCGAGUCGAGCUCCACCUGCCAACCAGGGUCGCUUCAGGGAGUUGCCACCUUCUCCACCAUCAUUCGAUGAUGAUGAUCUUGCCGAGUACGAGGUCAGUCCUCCACGUCCCACUAUUGUAACACCACCUCCGAAGAUACCGCAUGGCCGUGCGACAUUGGUUUCUCGACUGCAAGCCAAUCCCUCCUCUGCCAAUACCACUCCCAUCCAGAGACCUCUAAGAGAUCACUUACAAGAUCAGUGUAAGAUUGAAGAUGACGACAUUGCGACUGGUGGCACCUUCAUGGACACAGACGUAUAG